ACUUUUCCCAUAAUCAUGCCACUGACUCGCGUGGGGUUGAGACUUUGGACAAAUUUGCUCUCACUCAGACGCGUCACCCUCCAAAACGGAAACGUGCUCACGCAACUCCUCUACACUUCCUCUUUUCCAUCAACAUGGCACCCAAGAAGGACACAGAAGCUUCGAAGGGCAAGAAGCCCGUGCCCAAGAAGACCACCGAGAACCUUCCGACCCGUGCGCCAGCCCAAGUUUCCCCGCAAGGCUAUCCCCAAGCGGAAUCGCAUGGAUGCCUACAACAUCAUUAAGCAUCCUCUGACCACCGAGUCGGCUAUGAAGAAGAUCGAGGACAACAACACCCUGGUUUUCAUCUGCAACAUCAAGGCCAACAAACACCAGAUCAAGGCCUCCGUCAAGAAAUUGUACGACAUCAACGUGGCUAAGGUCAACACCCUGAUAAGGCCGGAUGGACAGAAGAAAGCCUACGUGCGACUGGCUCCCGAUUACGAUGCCCUUGAUGUGGCCAACAAGAUUGGAAUUAUAUAAAACGCUGUGUUCGCUACUGCCCAGGGUAUCACGCCGAUUGAAAUACAAUCUUGGGAUAUGUCA